GUAUUAUUGGUGGAUUGACCAGUGUGAUCACCUCAACAGUGGAAGGAGUGAAAACAGAAGGGGGUGUCAGCGGUUUCAUAUCUGGCCUUGGGAAAGGGCUCGUUGGCACUGUAACCAAGCCAGUGGCAGGUGCCCUGGAUUUUGCAUCAGAAACAGCCCAGGCAGUGAGAGACACAGCCACGCUCAGUGGCCCGAGGACUCAGGCCCAGAGGGUUCGGAAGCCGCGCUGCUGCAGUGGGCCCCAAGGGCUGCUUCCUCGAUACUCGGAGAGCCAGGCAGAAGGGCAGGAGCAGCUCUUCAAGCUAACGGACAACAUUCAAGAUGAAUUCUUCAUAGCCGUGGAGAACAUCGACAGCUACUGUGUGCUCAUCUCCUCCAAGGCCGUUUACUUCCUGAAAAGUGGGGACUAUGUGGAUCGAGAGGCCAUCUUCCUGGAAGUCAAAUACGACGAUCUCUACCACUGCCUCGUCUCCAAAGACCACGGGAAGGUGUACGUGCAGGUGACCAAGAAGGCAGUGAACUCGAGUAGUGGAGUGUCCAUCCCUGGCCCUUCUCACCAGAAGCCCAUGGUAAGUGCGCAGCUGGCCCGUCUCCUUAGUCCCCCUGAGUGGCUGUAGUCAGUGGUUAAGAGAUAGAAAGGGCCCUCGGAACGCUGUUGCCCUGCUUAUUAUGCUUUUCACCAGGAAUUCAUUUUAGGUUCACGCUGGGCUGUCAUUAACCCCUAGGGGUACUGCUUCUCAGUCCUACAUACAGAAGGAGCUCAGUGUGCGUUAACUGGGGUGAGGCUAUCCUCCCAGCUCUACCAGUGACGACCCAGCCCGUGUGCCCCCACUGCCCAUCGAUAACAGUUCGGGCAGUAACCAGCUCUAGCAAGUGGCCAGGACCUGCUGACGUGAUAAAACGUGACUCUGCUGUGCCUUGGCUCCACAGUGUUAGGGCACACGCUGGCUCCCAUAACAAUUGCAAGCUCGUUUUUCUGUGCAGAGAAGCAAUAUCUAGCAUAGGCCCUUCCCCAGAAUAAAUUCUAAAUAAAUGUUUAUAAAUAAAAUUUAUAUAUUGCCUCCAGAGGGUACGAGAUGUUGUCAUGGCAGGACUUUUAAAUACUAGCGUUCCCAUUAAGGAUACGCUGUCUGCCAGGCUAGAUAGAUACUAAGUACUUCCUGAGGGUUGUUUGGUGUUGUUCUGUCUUUGUGCCCACUUGCCUGGUAAGGAGGCUUGGUGAGGGCCGCUGACUCGCUCCAGGUCAUAUGGCCAACACUGGGAGGAACUGGGGUUCAAACCCAGGUGGUGUGACUCUGGAGCCAGCAGUCUACACCCCUUUGCUUGCUGUGUCCACUCAGAGAAGCUGUUGGCUCAGCAGAAGCACGCGGGAGGAAGCUCACCUCCUCUAGCCAUAGUCACACUUCGCUGGCUUUUCGUGAGCCUGAGGUGUUAGUCAUGCCCAGUUUUCACCUGGUUUGCCAGGAUUUUCAAAGCUGCAUUUGAGAAUGAUGGGCCAUUCAAAUGGCCCUGCUUAUCUCUGGCUCUCUCUACAGAUCAGAAACCGCAACCAACCUUAUUGGGCCUCUCUCCUCAGGAAUCCCUUGACCUUCCCCUGCUCAGGAAUGCACUUGGGUUUGGCUUGGCUUGUGCAGGCUCCCCUGGGUUCCUUGGCUUAAGUCAGGGCUGGUAGAUUCUCAGAGUUAACACCCAGAAGUUGAAUAUUUCCACAAGUUCCUUUUGAUGGUGAGGAGCCUUGCCCAGCUACGCUUUUGCUCCUUUAAAGGCAAGUGAGCAACUAAGCAUUCUUGAUAAGAAAGGCCUCUAGGCAUUUGUCUGAGGAUCCUUCUUCCCUCUUCGUCACCAGACAGUAGAAUUCCCUUGGUGCAGUCCUUUCCUCUUGCUCUUUGUCUAGGCUCAGCAGAUCCUCACCUCCUCAGAGCUGAGGCUGGUGCUCCUAUACGGGGGGGGUUCCAAAUGUCAGGUGACUGUGGUUUGGCUCCCCAGUCACCUGGGGCGUAUGUUAAAGAUACAGAUUCCAGGAAUCCACCCCACAUCUUGAAUCAGCAUUCACCAGGAGCAGGCCCUGGGAAUCCUUCUUAAAAGUAAACCCAUGCCAGGGGUGCCUGGAUAAUUCA